AUGGCAUCGGAACCAAAUGGAACCGCAGCAGCGAAAACUCGCGGGGCCAAUGCCCGCGAGCGAGCCCAGCAAUGGAUGACCAAAGGAGGUCUGGUUCGGGAGGAUUCCGACGACGAACUGGGCGAGGAAGAUCUCCCUUGGGAAUGGAUCUAUGAUUCGAACGACGACGCAUUGAAAGAGGAGGAGUCAAACGAAGAUCAUCUCGAAGGUACCCCGAAAUCGAAUCGACGACGCUCCUCCCGCGCCAAAACCAAGCAUCGCCGACGCAUUGUCGGGGCCCGAACGGGCUCGUUCGAAUGCAUGUUGGGACAGAUUGUGCUCUUGAAAUCACCAGAGCCUGGCAAGGAUUGGGUGGGGAUUGUCAUCGACUUUGUGGAAGAGGAGGACGAUGACGAGGAAUCGGUCAUGUCGGCGAAUAUAAUGUGGUUCGCGUCGCCGGAUGAGUUCAUGUCCACUCGGAACAAGCGACGGACGGAUGCUUUGCCCAAUGAGCAGUAUCUGACUGCGGAUUUCAACGUGAACCCCGUCAAGUCGAUCACUGGCAAGGCGACGGUCAUGUCCAAGGAUAUUUUCUUCGCCAAGUACCCGAACGGCGCACCCCCGAAAGGAAAGGAGGAAUUGGCGGAAUACAACAAAAGCAUUAUCUGUCGCAGGGGGGUAAAUCAGGUACAAGGCCGAUAUACUGAGGAGUUCAUUUGGGAGGAGGUCUACCACGAGGACAACAUCUUCGACCUCAUACAGAUGAUCAAGGAUAAGCUCAAGUCGGCCAAGAAGCGCAAGCAGGCGGAUGAGGAUUAUGUCGAUACGAAAGACAAAGAGGAUAUUGCGCCCUCCACUCCGCGAAAGAAGCAGAAGAUGGCCUCCAUGAAUGUCACGCCUCAAUCACGACGCCAAAAGGCCCUUACAACCCCAUCACAUAGAAGAAUCGUCGUCAAAAAGCCCCUCGAAUUCACACCUCUUGGUACUCGUGUACUUUCGCCUUCACACUUCGCUUCCCCAUAUCGCCAAGCGCGCACCCUUCUACACGUUUCAACCGUCCCUGAGUCGCUCCCAUGUCGGAAGAGCGAAUUCGACACCGUCUACAAUCACCUCAGUGCUGCAAUCAUGGAGGGAAGCGGGACGUGCAUCUAUAUCUCAGGAACUCCAGGAACGGGGAAGACGGCAACAGUUCGCGAAGUCGUUGCGCAGUUGAAUUCCGCCGUUCUCGCCGAAGAGAUGGACGACUUUAUCUUUGUCGAGAUCAACGGGAUGAGAGUCACCGAUCCGCAUCAGUCUUAUUCGCUGCUGUGGCAAGCACUGAAAGGUGAUCGGGUCUCCCCAUCUCACGCCCUCGAUCUGCUUGAACGAGAAUUCUCGCAUCCGUCGCCUCGACGAGUAUCUUGUGUAGUGCUGAUGGACGAACUUGACCAAUUGGUGACCCGAAACCAGUCUGUCAUGUACAACUUUUUCAAUUGGCCAGCGCUUCGUCACUCUCGACUCAUCGUUCUGGCCGUGGCAAAUACCAUGGACUUGCCGGAGCGAACACUUAGCAACAAGAUCUCCAGUCGUCUCGGUUUGACCCGUAUAACCUUCCCCGGCUAUAAGCAUACAGACCUCAUGGAGAUUAUUAGCACUCGUUUGGCGAAUAUCCCAGGGAAAAUCGUCGACGCAGACGCUAUUCAAUUCGCGAGCCGGAAGGUGGCUGCUGUCAGUGGAGAUGCACGGCGUGCACUGGAUAUCUGUCGUCGCGCAGUAGAAAUCGCAGAACAGUCCAGCGAAGCUGCAUCAAAAGAGGAUGCGAUGAAAGCGGACGAUACAGAGUCAUUACCACCAACUCCCACCAAGACGCCCGCCCGAAAGCAAAAUAUCUCAUCCCCGCAAAAGAACGCCCAACCCAAACCGCCCUCCGGACGGGUCACAAUCGCAACGAUCAAGCAAGCCAUCCAAGAAGCCACAUCUACCCCACUCCAGCAAUCCCUCCGUUGUCUCCCACUCUCCGCGAAGCUCUUCCUCGCAGCCCUGCUAGCACGCGUCAAACGGACCGGGAUCUCCGAAUCCACAUUCGGCGACGUCAUCGACGAAGCGAAGCGCAUUGCCGACGCCGCCGUCGCCGUCGCUGGUGCAGCAGGCGCGGGUAUCAAGGAGUUUCUUCUCGCGGGUGGCGGCGGAGCGCGUGUGAAAGCACUGGGUUUCGCAGCCAUGGAGCUGAUGAACUCCGGCGUGCUGGCUUUGGAGUAUGGUGCCGGAACCAAGGGUCCACUGGGAAGCUCCGCGAUCCCAAGCAGGGGCGAACGGAGUGGUAAGGUGAGGUUACGGGUCGCGGCAGAGGAUGUUAGAGCGGCGUUCCGGGAGGACAUUGAAGCGAAGGGGCUGGGCUUGGGGAUAGACGAAUGA